AUGGACCCAGCAAAUUACUCGGUGGUAGUGGUCGAGGCCGGUUCGUUCUACGAGACCCUCAACUCCAACCGCACCCAGGUUCCCGGCUAUAACUUUUACUCUGCUCUGGCUAACUUUGUGGGGGGGCUCCCUCGAAUCCCUGACCAAUUUUGGAUUGCAGACUGCACCCCAGGGGAAAAAGUCGACACAAUAUUGUUUGGCCUACACUAUCACAACGAGCCGCUCGAAAAGCGCAGUAAAACAUCAACACCGCCAAAUAGUUGGAAACGAGCAGAAGAGCUUGCUUUGCUAUUCGGCACGCCCCAGUAA